AUGUUGAGCAAUUUCAUCCUUUUGGGAUUUUCAGCUUACCCACAGCUCCGAGUCGUCCUCUUCCUGUUGUUUCUGGGAAUCUACCUGGUGACUCUGGCAGGAAACCUGAGUCUCAUGGCCCUCAUCGGGAUAGACUCGCACCUCCACUCCCCCAUGUAUUUCUUCCUUGGUAACUUGUCCUUGGUGGACAUCAUUUACACCUCCUCCAUAGCCCCGAAGAUGCUCUGUGACUUCUUCCGGAAGCAGAAGGCCAUCUCCUUCGUGGGCUGUGCUGCUCAGUGCUUCUUCUUCAUUGGGAUGGGAGGCACCGAGUGCUGUCUCCUGGCAGCCAUGGCUUACGACCGCUAUGCUGCCAUCUCUAACCCAUUACUCUACCCAACAAUCAUGUCUCCUACCAUCUGUCUGGAGCUGGCCACAGCAGCCUACGCAGGAGGAUUCCUCACCGGCUUGGUCCAAACCACCUCCAUAUUCCAGCUCCAUUUCUGCAGGCCACGAAUCCUUCACCACUUUUUCUGUGACCUGCCAUCUUUGCUGGACUUGUCUUGUUCCAGUCCCUUCCUCAGCCAGGUGGUAAACUUCCUCGUUGUGUGUGCAGUUGGGGGGACGUCGGCUCUUGUGGUCUUGAUUUCCUACGCCUACAUCAUCAUGGCUGUCAUGAAGAUACAUUCCACCCAUGGACGGAUGAAGGCUUUCAACACGUGUGUCUCUCAUCUCAGCACAGUGAUUCUCUUCUACGGCUCUGGUCUCUUUUCCUACCUCCAUUCAGGUCCUGGCUAUUCAAGAGACAAAGAUAAGGUCGUGUCCCUGUUCUACGGAGCUGUGAUUCCCAUGCUGAACCCCGUCAUCUACAGUCUGAGAAACAAGGAUAUCCAAGAUGCGCUGAAAAAACUCAAGGAAAACAAGAAACGGUGUCUUCUCUGUGUCUUAUAG